AUGGCGCCGACAAAGUCGGUGGUCAACCCGACCAGCAAAAUGUCGCUCGCGUCGUUAGAUGAGCUCGCCGGCAUGGAGCCGUCCGUCAGUUGGAAGGCGCUGCUCCGCCGCGGCGCCGCGGAGAGCGGGUGUGGCACUGGCCACCUGCCCUUCUCCCAGUGGGGCGGGGAGCUCAACGAGCAGAACCAGCGAGUUAUCAGGGCCGACUGCGACCGCACGCGCGCCGAGCACGAGUUCUUCCGCAGGGGAGAUGUCCGUGCGAAGAUGGAGGCCAUGCUGACAUGCUGGUGCCAGCAGCAGCAGGCGCGGUACAAGCAGGGGCUCAACGAGGUGUUGGCGCCCUUCCUGCUCCUGCAAAGCGGCCCCGCCGCCGAGGCGCCCACAGACGACGAGGUCUACCUCUGCUUCGCUGCGUUCCUGCGCCGCUUCGCGCCCUUCUUCUUCUCUCUUCGACUCUGA